AUGAACCAUCAAGUGAAGAAGCAUUUACUCAAGUGGGUCAACACUUACCAUCAUGAAGAUCGAGUUACGUCGUUUCGUCAAUUUGCCAAUAGCGAGCGAUUAUGUUUCGUAGCUGAAAAACUGUUACAUGAUAGCGAAGAAGAGGAUGGACUAGACUAUGCAUCGUUAGUAAAAUUACCGGUUCGAUCACGAUUUACUAGAAUUAUAGAUUAUCUCGAAGAUCUCACUUACCAAUCUUUCGAAGGGGUGAUAAAAUUGACAAACUUAGAAAAUGACGAGUUGGAAAUUGCUAAAGUUGUGCUUCUUCUCUUGUACGCCUGGUAUCUUGAAAUUAAAGACCUUUCAACGGUGAAUGUUUGUGAACAUCGAAAUUUCUUGUUACAACUCGGUAAAAGUAUUUGGGAUCAGUCAUCAAAAACUAACCUGGAUGAAUCAUACAUCAAGGAAUUGAUUUACCGAGGAGUUGUCUGCGAUGAAAUCAAUAAUAACAUUAUCAUGCAAAAAUUGACUAGUCAAGAUCAAGAUAUUUAUAGAACUUCAGACUUUGUUAUGGACGAAUUGCAAGAUAUAGAUAAUAGUACAGAAAAAUUGCAAGAUAUAGAUAAUGGUACAGAAAAACAGUCGUUUUUGUCUGAAUACAAUGAAUUAAGACAAUAUCUAACGAAACGAAAUAAUAGUUCAAAAGACCAUCUGGAUAUUUAUCACAGGUACCAUAUUUGUAAAAAACACAGAAAGAAAUUAGGCGAAAAGUAUGAUGAUUCGUCAAUUAUAUUUGAUGAAAGCAACGAUGAUGACGAUGAUAAUUAUGACGAACGUUUCACAUUAUAUCACAGAGAGCUAUUAGAAAGUUCUCACACCACAGAGAAAUCGAUGUUGCCCUCUUCUAAGCGAAUACAAACCAACACAGCUUUAUGUUAUAGCGAUCCCGAAGUAAUUAGAUCGAACGAGAUUUCCAUUAGCUGCAAAUUUAAGCCGAGUAGUGGUUCAUCGGUAAUUGAACAAAUGCAAUCACAAUGUAAAAAUGAAGGCAACAGUACUUCUAAUAUAAGCUUAUUUACUAUACUUGACAAUGAUGAUUUGUUAUCCAAUGGUUCCAUAUUAUUUCCAUCAAAUGGAUCAUUUGGCAAUAAGCCGUCGCAAGAACAAUCAAAAUCUCAAGAUAUAAAUCAGAGAAGUAAUAUCUCUGGCGCAGGCUCCUCAGCGAUAUUUACUGAUAAUCCAAUCUUCGAUACUCGGAAUAAAACAAUACCUAAAGGGUCCUAUCAUGAGGCUUCAUUAAAAAACAAAAUGCCAUCAUUACAAGGUUUAAAUAAGGAAAGUAACAUAUCAAAUAUGACCCUACCUGUGAUGGAACAGCCCGCAUCAAAGUCUAAUAAAAUUAAUUCUUCCAAUAACAAGUCUCCACUUUCGUUAUCCUUAUCUCCUACUAUUAACUCAGUAAAAUCUGAUCUUAAAUUCAAAUCAUCAUUUACUCCGAUCCAAAGUGAUACGAAGAAUCAAUCAACAUCAGUCACUGCAUCUGGUAAUGGUGGAAAGAUCGUACACAGACGUAAUUCCUCACCAUGUAAGCCAAUAGGUAGCACGACUAGAAAACGUAAAAGGACAGAUUCAAGAGCUAAAUCAGUAGAUCAAAUGGACAAGAUAGUUGAUAGUGCCCAUAAAUUUCUUGAUAAUCAAAUUAUAAGGCGACAGAGGGAUUUAGAUCGGAAAGCUUCCAGUAAGGUGCUGUAUGACAGUUCAGAUAAUGUUACGAAUAUUAUCUUAUCAGAUGAGAAUACAAUACCAACCAAUUUAGCCACUCAAUUAUGUCGCUAUCAAGCUGAAUGUGUUAUCGACAUAUACCAUGCUUGCGUUUACAAGAAACAAGGUUGUGUCUUUAUUUAUCCAGAAGAAUUGGGAAGAUACUUGCCGACUUUAACAUUUCUAACGUCUUACAAAGGAAAAUGUCUUUUACUGUCUUCGAAAAAGAAGUUAAAUAGAUGGUUUCACGAAUAUAAGCGUCGAAAAAGGGAUUGGACUGACUUAAAGUUGUACUAUCUACGUCCAAAUUCUGAUAAAAAAGACAAUUAUGCAACGAUCCAAAAAGACAAUUAUGCAACGAUAAAGCAAUGGAAGCAGAUUUCAGGAGUACUUCUACUAAGUUAUAAUACAUAUUCUGAGCUACUUCACUCAAAAUCACAGCAAUUACAAGAGAUGAAAAAUUGCCUCCAAUCACCAGGAUCUGAUCUUGUAAUAUGUGAUGACGACUUCUUACCAGAACAACGUUGGACGGCCAUUUUUGAUCUGGUUUCAAAAGUAAACACUCGACAACGAGUUUUUUUGGCUGAUAUUUAUGGCGAUGAUAUUACUAAGUUUAGUACAAUGGUUGCUCUUGUCAAUCCUACACAUAAUUCGAUUCAUCGCGUGCAAAAUAACAUAAUUGACGCCUUGAAAGUUCAUAAUUCCAACGAUGCUAGAGAAGAUCUUCUCCUAGAUUACUUUAUUAAGGUGUAUAGUGUAACUGAUACGCAAUACCGUAUCCAUCGAAAGAUAGAGCAUGUAGUGUUUCUGAGAUUAAAUGACGAACAAACACAACUGUACAAUGAUGUUCUCAAUCGUCCUUCAAUUACCGGACAGGAAGCUGACGCAGAUAUUCAAAAAUGGUACAGAAAUUUAUAUUCUAUCUGGUUAACUGCUUCAACACCAAAAGUUCAAAAUAAUCAAUUAGCUACAAGUCCAGAUAUAGCCGGACUUUGUAGUAAAUACUUGAUUCUAGACUGUUUAAUCCAGUUAUGUUUAUCAUCUUCCGAAAAAAUUGUCGUUGUUUACAAUUUUUGUCUCCAAGAUGAUAACGUGUUAAGUAUUUUUGAAAUGAUACUCUCAAAGAUAAAUGGCCUAGACAAACACCAGUAUUUAAUAAUUGGGCAAAAAACAACGCAAAAUAGUAAUGAAAAUGCUAUGAAGCUAUAUAAAGGUCAAUCAGUACUUUUUAUUCCUCUGGAAGAAAUUCAAAAUAAAGAUAUUAAUCUCACAGAAGUUGACAGAAUAGUUUUUUGGGAUUACUACAUCUAUGAUGACCAAAAGGUGAUAACGAAAGCUUAUGCAUCGAAGCGAAGCAAAAUCUUGAAAGUUACCCGCCUAAUUAUUCACCUUAAUAUGGCUAAAAUGUUUAUAGAAGAUAAAAGAACAAACGACACAGUUUUAAAGGAAUGCCUUGCUAAAGAAGAGUUUUCGUCUUGGAUAGUCGAUAUGGUAUUACUCGAACGACAUACCGCGAAUGGAAAAGAUAUGGAUCAUCUUGUUUUGAAUUAG